CCGCUCGCGCGCCCAUUAGUUUUGCAGCCUCCGAGACAUGGUUUCGCCUGCGGCCGCGUCUGUUCUCCCUUGCGCCCUGCUUCUCCUUCUCCGCUCCAGUUUGGGGGUCUCUACCCCGCCCGGUGAGGAGGGGGAGGAUGUUGAGAGGACGGGGAGUCCUGCCGGACUGCGGGAGGAGUUUCCAACCGUGGUGUUCGCUAUUCUGGCUCGCAACUCCCAGCACUCUCUGCCCCAUUACCUGGGGGCCCUGGAGCGCAUGGAUUACCCCAAAGAGCGCAUCUCCAUCUGGUGCGCCACUGACCACAAUGUGGACAACACAACAGAAAUACUGCAUGAGUGGCUCACUGCAGUGGAAAGCCAGUACUGGCACAUUGAGUGGAGACCCGUAGAUGAGCCCAGAUCUUAUCCUGAUGAACAUGGGCCCAAACACUGGAGUGACACACGCUUUGAGCACGUAAUGAGGCUCAAACAGGAAGCUCUGAGCUUUGCCCGAUCUGAGCGGGCCAAUUACAUUUUGUUCACAGACACGGACAGCAUCUUGACAAAUAACCAGACUCUGAAGUUCCUCAUUGCACAAAAUAAAUCUGUUGUUGCUCCCAUGCUGGACUCUCAGACCUAUUACUCCAACUUCUGGUGUGGGAUUACUCCUCAGGGUUACUAUCGUAGGACAGCAGACUACUUCCCCACCAAGAACCGGCAGCGGGUCGGGUGCUUUGCAGUCUCCAUGGUCUACGCCGCCUUCUUGAUUGACCUGCGGAAGGACGAUACUGCUGACCUGGCCUUUCACCCGCCCCACCCCAGCUACACCUGGCCAUUUGAUGACAUCAUUGUCUUUGCAUAUUCCUGCCAAACUGUAGGAGCCCAGAUGUACUUGUGUAACCAGCAGCGGUUUGGGUAUAUCAAUGUCCCUGUGAAAUCUCACCAGACACUGGAGGAUGAAAGCGUCAACUUUGUGCACCUGAUCCUGGAGGCAAUGGUGGGUGGUACCCCAAUGUUCCCCUCCAGUCAUGUCUACCUCCCACCGAAGCAUCCAACCAAAAUUGGGUUUGACGAGGUUUUCCUCAUCAACUUGGCAAGGCGCCCAGACCGUCGGCAGCGCAUGCUUAGUUCCCUCUUGGAGUUGGAGAUAGAGCCCUUGGUGAUUAAUGCUGUCGAUGGAAGUGCCCUAAACAGCAGUGACAUCAAGAAACUGGGUGUGGACCUACUUCCAGGUUAUUUCGACCCCUUCUCAGGCAGGACACUCACCAAAGGGGAGGUGGGCUGCUUCCUGAGUCACCAUCAUGUGUGGAAUGAGAUCGUGAAACGGGGUCUGGAGAAGUCUGUGGUGCUGGAAGAUGAUGUGCGGUUUGAGGCAUAUUUCAAGAAGCGAAUUUUGCGGCUGAUGGAUGAACUGGAGCAAGCACAGCUGAAUUGGGACCUGAUUUACCUGGGCCGGAAGCAAGUGAACUCUGAGGAUGAGGAGCUAGUGGAGGACGUACGGAACCUUGUGGUGCCUGGAUAUUCCUACUGGACUUUAGCUUACAUCAUCUCACGGCAAGGGGCUCAGAAACUGAUUGAUGCCCAGCCGCUCUCCAAAAUCCUUCCUGUGGAUGAAUUCCUGCCCAUCAUGUAUGACAAGCACCCCAAUGAGGAUUACAAAAAGCAUUUCAGCAACCGGGACCUGCAAGCUUUCUCUGUGCGCCCCCUCCUCGCCUACCCAACCCACUACGCUGGUGAUGCCGAGUGGCUGAGCGACACAGAGACCUCCACCAUCUGGGACGAUGACUCACGCAAGACGGCCUGGAGCGGCUCGCAGAAGACACUGAAGGACACCCAUGGGAGUGUAGGCACUUCAGGUCACUCCUUCCGCCCAGCCUCUCGGGAUGAGCUAUAACAUCUGGCUGGUUUACCUGCUGCAGCCCAUGAGCGAGGAGACGAUGAAAGAGCAAGGACUGGUUCCCUCACUCGCCACCUUGUCCUAGGACACUGUUUUUGCUUGAGCUGUGUUGGACAGGGAAACGAAUGCACUGUGUGCAAAACUUGCAUCAAAGACCAGUUUGUGCUCUGCCAAUGGCUCUGGAAUUUCCCUUUGGGAUGAUGGUGGAGUUUUGGGGUGCUGCCAUAUUUGUGCUCUCCUAGCAGCAAAAGCUUCCUUCACUUAUACGAUGGUUUGGAGCUGAUAGUGGCACCAGCUGCUUUCCUUUCUCCAACACACACACACACACACACACACACACACACACACACACACACACACCAGUUGCAAGAGACCUAAUUUCUGCAGCCUGCUGAGGUGUAGGUUGGUUUGUGCAGAUGUUUGCUGUCGGAACAGGCCAUUCCAACUUUUUUUAUAUAGAAAAGACUGUCCAAUUUGGAUAAAUAAUCUGCACGGGGAUUGGAGUUUUCUGCCCUGCCUGGCAUUGCCAUGGCCAUGGAUGGUUUAGAGAGACAGUGUCUUCAUUGAACACCAAAGGAGGGGAGCACCUCUGGCCCUCAAGAUCUUUCUAUCAGGCCUUUGACGUCCUCCUGAAGCCACAUACCCCUUGAGUUCCUUUCCUGGGUGAAAUGUGUUGUUCAGCAGGGAUAUUGUGGCUCUUGCCUACCAGGGUGGAGCAACAGGUGUGGAUGUAUAUAUGGGAAACCCUCUCAACAUUCGCAUGGUUAGAAUCUGGCUUACGGUACAAAUGGUAGAAGUUACACCUGUUGCUACACCCACUUUUGCCUCUGCCACCCGGAAGGCUACUAGCAAGUGAAUGUUUCCCCUAUUGUAAGCCAGCUAGGAGAACUCAGGAUUGCCUCUUUGACCUACAACAACAACAAUUUUCACAGCAUAACAAAAUAGAAAACACCCAUGCAGACAAGAAGAAAGAACACUUCUCUCAGAAGAGUAAGAUACAAAGGCUAAUCAAGUGUACCCCACUAUACAUAGCUGGACCCAGGUGGCGCUGUGGGUUAAACCACUGAGCCUAGGGCUUGCUGAUCAGAAGGUCAGCGGUUCGAAUCCCUGUGACGGGGUGAGCUCCCGUUGCUUGGUCCCAGCUCCUGCCCACCUAGCAGUUUGAAAGCACGUCAAAAUGCAAGUAGAUAAAUAGGAACCGUUACAGCGGGAAGGUAAAUGGCGUUUCUGUGCGCUGCUCUGGUUCGCCAGAAGCGGCUUUGUCAUGCUGGCCACAUGACCUGGAAGCUAUAUGCCAGCUCCCUCGGCCAAUAACGCGAGAUGAGCGCACAACCCCAGAGUCGGUCACGACUGGACCUCAUGGUCAGGGGUCCCUUUACCUUAUACAUAGCUGGCCGUGUCUUGCUGGAGGAUGCAUAACAGAAAACUUUUAACUAGGGUUUCUUUAGUUGUACAUUCCUGCUUUACAUGGGGUUAGACUAGAUAACCCUUGGGAUUCUUUCCAGCUUUACGGUUCUGUGGUCCCAUGAUAUUUCUGUGAAGUGUUUUUUUUUUCCAUUUGUGGUCCAUUUAGUGCUCUUAAUUGUUGGGUUUGCUUUUCCAUAAGCGCUGCUGUGCAAACCUCCUGCUUCCAAAGAGCCGACUGUAAAUUAUCAAAAGUUCUCCAGUUUUGAGUAAUCUGUUGUUCAGCUGCCACCAGCAGGGGUGGGAUCAGUUAGGACCCCCACGUUGGCUGAAAGACGGUGUGCUUCCUGGUGACUCUGGAGCUCUUCAGUUCCAGUUCUCUCUCCACUGUCAGCUUCCUCUGACACACCAUUUCCUCAACUCUUUGUUGCAUUUCUUAAAAAAGCAAAACUAGUAAACCAAACUGAAGAUUAAAUUUGAUCUCUUACUUAAAUGUACAUACAGGGCCAUAUCUUCACUGUAUUCUUGUUCCCCUCUCCAAAGCUAUGGGGUGAUAUCCAUUGGCUAUAACCAGAGUAGACCCAUUGACUUCAGGAAUUUCAUUUAUUUCAUCUCAUUAUGACUUGGCUGGAUAUCACCCAUCAUUGCCAACUUUUUCUGCCAAUGUUCUUCUGCCCUUUAAAAGCCCCUGUACAACCAAAAGAAGCCUGGCCUAUGAUGUUUUCUCCACCAACACAUCUCCAUGCUGGGCAGGGGAGGAGACUUCACCAGCUGAAUUUAAGUUUGUACAGGUGUUAACAGCACAAGGCCCUGUAUGGGAGGGAAAUCUGUUUAGGGUACAGUAUAUGCUUACCUGGAGAAUUUCCACUUCAGCCAUUGUGGGUUCUGAUCUGGCACCUAAAACUAAUGGUGUGAUGAGAAAAUUGUAGCUGUGCUAUUUUUGGGGGGUGGGGUGGGGUGUUACAAUAAAUGCAUAAAGUAAUUUGCAUUCUUAUUUUGAUUGUCUUGGUUAUUUUAGUUCUUUUUAAAUAUUGAUGGAAUUCCACAUGAGUUGAAGGAGCAAUAGACAGAGGCCUCUGCUGAAUGCUCAGAUCCUACGUCAGUGCUUUUAAGUGAGGUUAAAAGAAGCUGCUUUUAUACCUGGCCAGGAAAGUGACAAAUUUUGCAUUCUAUAGGUCUUGUGACAAAACCAUAAGCACAGACAAUAUAAAAAAAAAACCAAAGCCUCUACUUGAACAAUACAGGAUCAUGUAAUGCAAGUGUGACUAUAAAUGAGAAGCCUCCUUGGCUACAUACAGUAUGUAUUUAAAUUUAUUGCUGUUUUGUCUAGUUAUUUCUUCCUAAUCUUCCUUGCCACCAGGGCAAAAAGGGCCACUUUGAGAGUCACAAAGGUGUUAGAGUCAUUCAACCACCACAGAACCCACUCUGUCAGGGGGAGGCUGCUUUCUGGAACAAAUGGGAUUUAGAAAGCACCUCCUAGGUUCUCUUUAUAAUGGACAAUAUAACAAAUAAUGAUGACUAUAUUCUACCUGUGGUUGCCCAAAUGGCUAGAAACUUGCACAGCCUUAAAAUGAAAGUACCUGGUGGUGGGUGGCAGGGGGCCACCAUUUAAACACUCCAGAAUGUCCUAGAGCAACACUGCAUGAUCCCAGCCAUGCCCAGAGAUGCUGCGAGGGUGAACCUGGAGCCCUGUUUAGGGAAGCUUUUAAUGUUUGAUGGAUUUCUGUAUUUUAAUGUUUGAUGGAUUUCUGUAUUUUAGAAUUUCUGUUUUGUUGGAAGCCGCCCAGAGUGGCUGGGGGAACCCGGCCAGAUGGGCGGGGUAUAAAUAAUAAAUUAUUAUUAUUAUUGACACAUGCAGCCGGGCAUCCUGCUUCUUAAGUGACAAUUCCUUCCCACAGCGGGAACCAGGCCCCACUGACUUCACAGUAAAGGAGAAUCGAACCCUUCUUUUUAAAUAAAAAAUAAAAAAAUAUUAAAGUUUUU